AACUCAAAAGAUGGAUUCAGAGAGUAAGAAACAAAAGCUUAACACAGUAGAAAUCGCACGUCCUUCUCUCUCAAAGAAGCGAAGGGUGAGCAGAUUACUACCAAUCGCAAGUCAUUCUCUGUCAAAGAUGCAAGAAGCGAUGAAGACGCAAAACGACGUUGCUCUGUUCCUUGCGGGGAAAGUAAUCUCUACUACCGUAGACAAAAACUCUAACUUCGUCUUCUCUCCUGCAUCUAUCAACUCCGUUCUCACCAUGGCCGCUGCUACCACCGACAAUGAAACACUAAAGUCCUGCAUCCUCUCCUUUCUUAGGUCUUCUUCCACCGACGAGCUCAACGACAUCUUCCGCCAAAUAGCUUCCGUCGUACUCGUCGAUGGAAGCGAAAGAGGUGGCCCCAAAAUCACGGUGGCUAAUGGAGUGUGGAGAGAGCAAUCACUUCCGUGUAGUUCCGAGUCAAAAGAUCUCUUUGAGAAAUUCUACAAGGCUGCUUUCGCUCAAGUCGAUUUCCGAUCCAAGUCUGAAGAAGUGCGUAAGGAGGUUAAUUCUUGGGCAUUACGUCACACCAAUGGUCUCAUCAAAGAUCUUCUUCCUCUUGGAUCCGUUACAAGCGAAACCCUCUGGAUUUAUGGAAACGCAUUGUACUUCAAAGGAGCCUGGGAAGACAAAUUUGAUAAGUCAAUGACGAAACACAAACCUUUCUACCUUGUCAAUGGCAAACAAGUACAUGUGCCUUUCAUGACAAACUAUGAAAGACAAUAUAUUGAGGCUUACAAUGGUUUCAAGGUCCUUAGACUACCAUACCGACAAGGGGAUAAUGAUACAAGUCGCCAAUUCUCAAUGUGUAUCUAUCUCCCGGACGAGAAAGAUGGAUUGGAUAACCUUGUGGAGAAAAUGACAUGUACUGAUGGAUUCUUGGACAGUCACAUUCCGAGUUGGAGAGUUAGAGUUGGUGAAUUCAGAAUUCCAAAGUUUAAGAUUGAAUUCGGCUUUGAAGCUUCAAGCGUUUUCAAUGACUUUGCGCUUGAUGUGUCAUUACACCAAAAAGCUAUGAUUGAGAUCGAUGAAGAAGGUACUGAAGCUGCGGCUGCUACUGCUCUAUCUGUUGCUCCUGGCAGCCUUUAUAAGCCUCCUCCUCCGAUUGAUUUUGUGGCAGAUCAUCCCUUUUUUUUCUCGAUUAGAGAAGACAAAACCGGAACUGUUUUGUUCGCUGGUCAAAUUUUCGAUCCUUCCGUAUCUUCUUUUGCUUAGGACCAGCCUUAACCGGAUCAGAGUUUGGGAUUUAAAGAUUUGCAUUCUUUCUGUACUUUUUAGAUUUUUUUCUUAGGUUUUGAUUUGCUAAAUUUUAUUUGAUCGUUAGAACCUCAAAAGUCAAAACCUAGCUAGUAGGUUUGUUUCUGAUCUGGUUGGUUUAUUUUUUAACAAUAUAUAUAUUCUGAAAUU